CAAAAUACAGCUCGUGGAAAACUGGUUCAUACAAAGAAUGAUGGUGAUUUUUAUAACAAUAUGACAUACUACUAAUUAAUGGUAACAAUGGUGGAUCUACUCUCUAUAUAUUUAUAGUUAUCUGACUACACCUCGUCACUUUCUCAUCUAAAAAAAAAAAGUUGCGAGUAAAAGAAAAAUUAUCAUAAUUACUUAAAGCUUAAAUUCAGUUCUGAGUUUUAAGUUUUUAGCAUAGUUCCUAAUCUCUGUUUAUCGAGUAAUGUCGAUACCAGAGGAAGAAGUUUCACUUCUAAAAGAUUUAGUUAACGACUCCGUCGACCACCGUGGAAACCCCGCCGUGAGAUCUUCCACCGGAGGAUGGAGAUCGGCCUGUCUCAUAAUAGGUGUGGAAGUAGCAGAGAGAUUUGCUUACGUUGGGAUUGCAUGCAAUAUGAUCACUUACCUUACCGAACAGCUCGGACAAUCGACGGCAACCGCCGCCGUGAACGUGAACACGUGGAGUGGAACCGCCUCGACGCUUCCUAUUAUAGGAGCUUUCGUAGCAGACGCUUAUCUUGGUCGUUACCGGACAAUUCUUGGUUCUUCCCUCAUCUACAUAUUGGGGCUUGGACUACUGACCUUGUCGGCUUGCUUAACCAUUAUGAGAUCAUCUGAGCAAAAACCUUCUUUCUUGAUGAACGUACUUUUCUUCUGCUCCUUGUAUCUUGUGGCCAUAGCACAAGGAGGUCACAAGCCGUGUGUUCAAGCGUUUGGUGCGGACCAGUUUGACUCGGACCAUCCAAAAGAAAGAAUUGCUAGAGGAUCGUUUUUCAACUGGUGGUUCUUGUGUUUAUCCGGGGGAAUAGCGAUAUCGAUUCUUGUGAUGGUUUAUAUUCAAAGCAACGUUAACUGGGCGUUUGGAUUUGGGAUCCCUUGUUUGUUCAUGGUUAUGGCUCUUGCUAUAUUCUUUCUUGGGAGAAAAACUUAUAGAUAUCCAAAGAGAAACCGCGACAAGAACAACAACAAUGGUUUUGUAAGGAUCGGUAGAGUUUUCGUUGGGGCCUUCAAGAAUCGGAAGCUUAUGAGUUUAAAACAGUCUCAUCAACUGGAGGAUGGUCAGUCUUGGAUAUGUGAAAGUCAUCUCGGAUUCCUAGCAAAAUCCAUGCUCCUAGGAGAAGGUGUAGAGCCAUGUAGUAAUGUGGACGUGGAAGACGCCAAGGGCUUGGUAAGGCUUAUUCCGAUAUGGAUCACAUCAAUGAUAAGCAUGAUUCCUUACGCUCAAUACUCAACUCUCUUCACCAAGCAAGGUGUUACCGUGGACAGAAGAAUCUUGCCGGGGUUGGAGAUCCCUCCAGCUUCUUUUUUGUCACUCGUGUCCAUAUCAGUUCUCAUCUCAGUUCCAAUCUACGAGCAUGUGUUCUUGCCUAUAGCUAGAAAAAUUACAAAAAAGCCUAAUGGGAUCACAAUGCUCCAGAGAAUAGGAACCGGAAUGGUUCUUACGUUCUUCAACAUGGUGCUCGCAGCAUUGGUAGAAGCCAAACGGUUAAAAACGGCUGAGAAACACGGGCUUAUUGAUAAACCGGACGUAACCAUUCCAAUGUCGAUAUGGUGGUUUGUACCACAGUAUAUGUUGGUUGGGAUGAUUGAAGUGUUUGGUUUGGUAGGUGCACAAGAGUUCUUCUAUGAUCAGGUCCCUACGGAGCUUAGGAGUAUAGGUCUUGCUUUUUCUUUGAGUGCGUUGGGUCUUUCGAACUUCUUGAGUGGUCUUGUCAUCAUUGUUGUUGAUUUGGCAACGGGGAGAGAUGGUGGUCAUAGCUGGUUCAAUAACAACUUGAACCGAGCUCAUGUUGAUUAUUUUUACUGGUUGUUGGCCGCAUCCACGGCCAUUGCUUUCUUUGCGUUCGUGUACAUUUCAAGAUCGUAUGUUUAUCGUCGGGUAGACCAAGUCUAAGACUUUUAGAUGUUGACUUUAAUAACAUAUUUGUAUGUUCCAACUUUGUAAGUUACCGUUUUAAAUUUUUUUUUUUUUUGUGUCAAAAACACACUUCGUUCUAUAAAAGAUAAUUUCAUUAACCAAACA